AUGUCGACUGGCACACUUCUUUCGCGAACGACCCAAAAGCUUUCAGUCGCUUUUAAUAACCCCUACCACCAGCGAGGAGGUGAACGAGGAGGACUUUUAACGCCCUCCUCUUCGUCUUCGAGUUUUAGCGCGAGUCUCGCGAGAAAAAGCACGUGGUGCUCGUCAAAGAAAUUAGCAUCCUCCAGAACGUAUUAUCCAUUGGUACGAAGGAAUGUCGUCAUCGGAUGCGCAUCGUCGUCCUCGUCCUCGUCGCACUACUCGCAAUCAACGAUGCGCGUUCUUCCACAACAAAAAAGAAGUCACAAUCAACGAACGACGAAAAGAGGGGAAAUGAAUACGUGCCAAAUGGGAAAAAAAGGCGGCGCAUUCCUGAAAGAAUUCGCCCCGGAACCGACGGAAGAAGAGAAGAAGAAAAAAGAGGAACGAGAAAAAGCGGAAGAAUUAGCUCGCACGGGAGGGUUCCCGGAACUUUUGAAAAACAGCAACGACGAGGUGUUCAACGUGAACGUCAUGGUGAAAAACAAAGGGUUCGGGGUCCUUUGGAACGGAAUCGGGACGUUAACCAUUCCGGAUACCGGCGCGAAAGAAAACUCGGUCAAUCUCGCCAGAGUCGUCUGCGCGCAACGGAAAGCGCUGUUACUCUCCAACUGCCAACGCUUGUACCCGAAGAUGCAAAAGUUCCCGAUGGAAUGGGCCGUGCAGCCGUUCGACGACCCGUACGCGGACCCGCUCGAUUUAGAUAUGAUUUUGGACGGAGAGUACGUCACGGAAAUGGUCCCGGGGAACUUUCAGUUUUUGAAGAAAGGCCGAGCCGUAGGUCCUGGCGCUUGA